GUUGGUAGGUGCAUCCAACCCCAACUCCCUUUCGAAACACAACAACACUCCAUUCCACGCAUGCGAACCCACAUCUAUAUAUGCAAAUCAAGUCCAUUCACUGAUUAACCACCACAAGACACGAGCAGUAAUCCUACGGUCGUUUUCCUGGAGAAAGAUCGAGCACCUCCGAACCUGAAGCACGAUUGUGCAGAGAUGGAUCGCGGGAGGAGGUCGCUCGCCGUUGCGCUGGCAGUGGCCCUGCUCCUGGGCCUCGCCCAUGGCGACAUGGUGCAGUUCAUCUUCGGCGACUCGCUGUCGGACGUGGGCAACAACAACUACCUGACCAAGAGCCUCGCCCGCGCGGCGCUGCCGUGGUACGGCAUCGACUUCGGCAGCGGCAUGCCCAACGGCAGGUUCUGCAACGGCCGCACCGUGGCCGACAUCGUGGGCGACAAGAUGGGCCUGCCGCGCCCGCCGGCGUUCCUGGACCCGUCGGUGGACGAGACCGUCAUCGCCACGCGAGGGCUCAACUACGCGUCCGGCGGCGGCGGCAUCCUCAACGAGACAUCCUCCCUUUUCAUCCAAAGGUUCUCGCUGUACAAGCAGAUCGAGCUGUUCCAGGGGACGCAGGCGUUCAUGCGGGGGAAGAUCGGGCAGGCAGCGGCGGACAAGCUGUUCGGCGACGGCUACUACGUGGUGGCCAUGGGCGCCAACGACUUCAUCAACAACUACCUCCUCCCCGUCUACUCCGACUCCUGGAGCUACAACGGGGACAGCUUCGUCAGCUACAUGGUCACCACCCUGGAGGCGCAGCUCCGGCUCCUCCACGAGCUGGGCGCGCGGCGGCUCACCUUCUUCGGGCUGGGCCCGAUGGGGUGCAUCCCGCUGCAGCGGCUCCUGCAGCGGUCGUCGACGGCGUGCCAGGACUCCACCAACAAGCUCGCCCUGAGCUUCAACAAGCAGGCCGGGGCGGUGAUCGAGCGGCUGUCGUCGUCGCUCCCCAACGCGACCUUCCAGUUCGGCGACGUCUACGACUACUUCCAGGACAUCAUCAACCGGCCGUACAUGCACGGGUUCAACAACUCCCACGACCCGUGCUGCUCGCUGGGGAAGAUCAGGCCCACGCUCACCUGCAUCCCGCUCUCCACGCUCUGCAAGGACCGCAGCAAGUACGUCUUCUGGGACGAGUACCACCCCACGGACCGCGCCAACGAGCUCAUCGCCCUCGAGACGCUCAGGAGGCUCAACAUCACCAUCGUCGCAAACAGCACCAGCAGCUAGCUAGCUGCAUGCACGGCGAGCGACGCAUGCGGAUGACAAAAAUGCUUAGGUUUUCGGAAUGCAUUUUCGAAGCAGACAUUCGAUUGGAACGGAAUUAGGAUGUGUUCUUUCUUACACUGAAAUUAGAAUGUGUCUCGAUGCAUGGUUCACAACAAACCACGAACUGAAAGUGUACACUGCAAACUGUUAUUCGGUGGAAACGUGGAAAAAAAUUAUUGACACGGAA